AUGUCUUUUGGCAGAAGUGGCACAAUGUCUUUUGGCAGUAGUGGCACAAUGUCUUCAGAUAGUAGUAGCACAAUGUCUUCAGAUAGUAGUGGCACAAUGUCUUCUGAUAGUAGUGGCACAAUGUCUUUUGGUAGUAGUGGCACAAUGUCUUCCGAUAGUAGUGGCACAAUGUCUUUUGGUAGUAGUGGCACAAUGUCUUUUGGUAGUAGUGGCAAAAUGUCUUUUGGUAGUAGUGGCACAAUGUCUUCUGAAAGUAGUGGCACAAUGUCUUCUGAUAGUAGUGGCACAAUGUCUUUUGACAAUAGUGGCACAAUGUCUUUUGACAAUAGUGGCACAAUGUCUUUUGACAAUAGUGGCACAAUGUCUUUUGACAAUAGUGGCACUAUGUCUUCUGAUAGUAGUGGAUAUACUUUUCCUCGAGUGGUCACUAAUAAACUUUACGGUAAUGACACGUGCUCAUAA